GGUGAACAUUAACCUUUGUACCAGGCUCUCUUGCGAGGGGCACUCGUUGUUUGUGCCACGGCGCAAUGGCACGAUCUAGUGGUCUGGUGCUGCUUCUGGCAGCAUGGCCCUUGGCAUUUGUGAACCUGGGCACUGGAAGUCGUAAAAGUUGGCUUCCCCGACGGGCGAAGCCUGAGAAGCAGCCGCACCACGGAAAUGUGGAUGGGAAUUUCUAUGUGGACCACACCUGCAUCGAUUGCGACACGUGCCGCUGGAUGGCACCCCAAACCUUCGGCCGCACCGCUCGGUCUGGCCCCGGCCAGUCCGUAGUUCACCAGCAGCCCAGUGACACCCAAGAAGUUGACCGAGCGCUGGAAGCCAUGAUCUCGUGCCCUACUGGCAGCAUCCGCACAAGAGCUCCGGUUGCCAGAGCCAAGGAGGUGCUGGAUAGCUUCCCUUUGGCUGUGGAUGUCGAUGGUUUGCCGCACGUGUUUCACCUGGGCUAUCACAGCAAGAAGAGCUUCGGAGCAGCAAGCUACUUUGUGGCAGGCAGAGCAGGCGGUGCUUUGAACGUCAUGUUCGACUCCCCGCGUUUCUCGUCAAAGUUGGCAAGCUUGUUGGAAGAAGCUGGGGGGAUCGACUUCAUGGUACUGAGUCACAAGGAUGAUGUGGCGGAUCACAUCCAGUGGAAGAAGCGGUUUCCGGAGAUGCGGCGCGUGAUGCAUGUGGCAGAUGUGCGAGGGCCAGACGCUUGGCCCUACAUCGACAUGACGGAGAUUGAGGAGCAGUUAGCCGGACAAGGGCCUUGGUCACUUGCAGAUGGCCUGAGUGUCAUCCACACGCCAGGCCACAGCGAGGGCUCCAUCACGUUGCUCGCGGCGGAGGGUUUCACGGGGGGCGAGGGCGUCGCCUUCACGGGCGACCACCUGGCGCUCAACGGGCGCCUGGGCCGCCUGGACGGCUUCGCCCGCUACUCUGAGGACCACGACCUGCAGGCAGAUUCCAUGCUGAAGCUCGCUGACGAGGACUUUCUGUGGAUCCUCCCGGGCCACGGCCGGCGCGUGCACUUUGCCUCGGCCACCGAGCGCCGGCAGCGCCUGCAGAAGGCGGCGGAGGAGUACCGAGAGGACCCCAAGGGUGAGGGAGCUCCAGGGGCGCUCUUCAAGGUGCUUGAGGUAGCACCCCGCUGAGUGAGCGGAUGCUGCCUGUUCCAGAAAAUUGACGACGCCAGCCGUGCUGUUUUGGACAGUUCGUUGGAAGAUUGCAACGUUGUAUGCACAGACAGUUGAUCCCCCCCCCGUGUUGGAUUCUAUGAGCAUUGGCUUGUAGAGCUUAAUCCCUCGCCCGUGGCUUCUGACCAGGCAAGAAGACCUGGCAUUUUCCUGUACAGACGGGCUUCUGCGGAAGGGGGUGCCGGUGGAGAGGGCCAUAUCAGCAAACGUACAGGAAAACAAGCGUGCGCUGGAUCACC